AGUAAUAUUUAUCAUCGGGCGCGGCGUCUAUGUCGGCUCGGCCGUCGUAGCACAACUCCCGCCGUAGCUGUUAUCGGAAAAGCGCGGGAAAGCGAGCGCUCCGUCAGUAGGCUCGCGACCGCCGAGAGAGAUGGUCGUCUCCGUGCGCGCGGUCGCUUUGGCACUCGCCGCGCUCGCACUCGCGACGCGCGCUCACUUGCCCUCCCACGACAACAUACUGCGAAUACAGCUGUGGGACGCCGAGGGGCUCAGCCGGGAACCCCUGGCCACCGAGGUGGCAGCCACCUCGCGAGCUCCCAAACGCAGGAACACCAAAGUUAACUUGGAUGCUCUCUACAAUGACAUGCUGGAAGAGUUCGGAGCGGAGCUGGAGUUCGGGCGCUUCACCAGGCACCGGGUGAGGCACAAGCGGCGGCGGCCUCGGCAGAGUGGCACGGACCUGCCGUGGCGGUUCCACGCCGGCUCGCAGCUGAUGAACGUGGCCGAGUACAACUACGACGUGCCGUGGGAUGUUAUCGAAGGAAGGAUGGUGGACAGUGCAGUGAGUGAUGCAGUGAAUGGGUCGCGCGAGCGGGAGCGGGACGUGGCGCAGCCGAUGACGCUGCGGCAGCCCGACGACGACGACGAGGACGAAGAAGUGAAGAAGCAGUUGCCAGUCGUGCCAAAGUGCUGCGCUAGUGGGCAGAACCUGACCCUCGUGUCAGUUGAUGGUGCGCAUCAGCGCGUGUGCGCCAGGUCCUCUCUGACAUUCCAACCCAUUUUCCACCAGGCCAACGAAACACACAUUUUCAACUAUGACAGUAAUGUCUUCGAGACUAUUGUUGGCAAUCCUUGUAAAUAUGAAAGGUAUAGAUUAGAUCCGCAUAAGAACAGUAAAGACGAAUUCUAUUUGCUAGUGAAUGGCUCACUAUUCGUUCCUUAUGGCAGCCCGUACCUGCUUGGAACGAAAGAUUAUUGCAUGGAAACGUUUUGGAAUGAAUCAUUCCCUGCCGGAUUGACACUACCUUUAAUUUGUUUUCAACCAACUGAAGAAGUAAAGUCAUCUACAACACUUAUACUAUAUGCUACAGGCCUUUUAAUAUCAGUACCAUUUCUCCUGGCGACAGCCUGUGUGUACACCUUUAUAACAGAGCUCAGGGACACUCAUGGCAAAGCUCUGGCUUGUCACUCGAUGUGCUUAGCAAUAGCAUUCUGCUGUCUUGCCAUUACGCAAUUGGCUGGACAUGCAUUUCCACCGACAGCCUGUACAAUUAUAGCUUAUAUCAUCCAGUUUUCAUUCGUCUCUUGUUUCUUCUGGUUAAAUGUGAUGUGCUUUGAUAUAUUUUUAAACGUCAGACGAUACAUAAACUCACCGGUAACCAGACGCAGCAUGAGACGAAGGUUCGCUUGGUAUUGCUCUUACGCAGUAAUUCUGCCACUAAUAUUGCUGGUAGUCACAAUCACUAUGCAGUUACAUCCUGCGGUGCCCAGCACAUACCUCAAACCCAAUUUUGGUGUGAAGGCAUGCUGGUUCCAAACGGACCAAGCGGCGUUACCAUAUUUCUACGGACCAGUUGCAGUGAUACUACUCAGUAACCUUGUUAUAUUUUUCUUCACUUCACGAGCCUUCGCUCUCCAUUACGAUAAGCUAAAAGACUUAACACCACUAGACAUGACGCACUCAGACUUCAGUACAACGGACGACUGGGUGCGCCUGGGCACAGUUCUAGGUACGCCCAUACAGGUGCACGAACGGACCGCCACACCGCCGCGGGAGCAACCCGUCAACUUCAACCAGAGGCUCAAGAAGUAUAAAAAGAUAUUCCGCACGUGCUGUAUGCUCUCCAUCAUCAUGGGUUUGUCCUGGGUGCUGGAGGUGGUGUCGUGGGCGGUGGGCGCGGGCACCGAAGCUGUCUCCGUCUGGUCAGUCUUCGACCUUAUCAACGCACUGCAGGGCGUCGUCAUCUUCGCCAUCUUUGUCUUGCAGAAGCCCGUGCGAUCGUAUGUUAAGAACUCGAGACUGUUUACAUCUUGUAAAAGGAAAACUGACGGUUCGGAGGCGGCGGUGGUGAGUGAACGAAACAGCAUAGAUUGUGGAAACGCUACCAAUGGCCGAAGAGACUUUGUGUAAUUUUAUUACUGUUGACAUUAUACGAGAACAAUUUGAUAAGGUGAAUGAUAAGCGAGACUGAUUAAAGUAACAGUAUUAUUGUUUGAAGACCGGAUGUUUGAUUGUCUUUUGUGAUGCACUUUUCGGAAAUAUGGUCAUUAAUUCGUCAUUUUUCAUCCUCUGCGAUAGACCUAAGACGAAUCUGGGGCACGGCACUGCCCGCGCUAAGUCGAGCAUAAACAUACUUACAUAGAUAGUUUUAUUUCGAGAAAAGUCCAUCGUUAAUUAAUUAUUAUAGUUAUUCACUUUUCUGGGUGCAUUACGAAGAUUUUGGGAAUUUGAUCUUCAACCUAGUGUUUCUACGAAAAGAACCUGUGAAAAAUCAUUCGACUUCUUUCAUCUCUUAUUCCUGUGAUAGCGCCUUAUAGUUGUGUGCUUUGGUUGCGGCAGUUCUAUCGUUUUUAAAUUCGUUGCCUAAUUUUGUGCUGAUAUGUUUAAGAAUAUCACUUUAAUAAUUUGGAUUGUAUGGAGUUAAUUGUAGGUAAUCGUCAAAAUUCUUAGUACUUGUACAUCGAAUAUUCUGGUCUACAUUUUUAAGUAGAGAGUAUAAUGAAAAUGUAAUUCGUUUUAAUAAAUUGGUAAGAUCGCUAUUAUUACUUAUUAAAAAAAUUGAAUUAAAAAGCAGAAGUCCACUUAUAGUUACCGUUCUUUUCAUGCUUUUUACGUCUAUGGUUGUUGAUAGUAAAAUUAGGGUAAGAGAUUAAGAUAUUUUUAUAACUAACGAUAUGUAUGACCAAUGUGAGUGGUUUGUAUGAUUGUUGUAAACUGAAACACUUCAGACUCUGUAUUACAAAUAAUGUAGUUAUUUUCUAAGAUCACAUUGACACCUGAUUUUACAGAACAUUAUUUAUCUAGCAUUUCAUAAUUUACUGUAAUUUACUUACCGUGUUAACUUGGUAUUAUUAUUAUUAUUAUUAAUAGCCCUCAACGUCCCACUGCAGGACAAAGGCCUCUCUUCCCUUCUUCCACUCCUCCCUGUCCCCAGCUUGCUCGCGCCACCGUUUCGAGAAGCGGUCUAACUCGUCGCGCCAUCUUUUCCGUGGCCUUCCCCGACGUCUGACAGCACUUGCAGGAACCCACUCUGUAGCUAUAUCAAUUAAAUUAUAAAAAUACAAAUACAAACACAAAUAUACUUUAUUGCACCAAAUAAAAAGAAAUAAACUUAAAAAAAUAAAAAUAAAUUGUAUCUUUAUAUAUUUAAAUGAAAUCUAAAUUCAGCACCUAUGCACAAAUCGAGUGCCAUGUGAUCUUAGAAAUGUCAUUCUUAUUUAUAUGAUGUGUGUAGUGCCAUACGUAAAAUUAGUAAAUUGUAAAUCAAAAUAUGGUGCAUUUCAUGUCCUUACGGGAACUAGUCAUAUAUCCUUAAUGUUAUGUAUAAUUCAGUGUUAUUAUUAUUAAUUAAGUUAUUGAUUUAUUUAUUUUAUAAUAAGGCCUAGGUUUAAGUAUUAUCAUGGAGGAGGUAGAGAUAGUAAGCAUUUUGUUUUGACCGAGUUCAAUCAAUAAAAUUCUCUUCUAUUCGUGGAGAUGCCGACGCCCCACUAAGUACGGAGUAUAAGAAAUUUUUCCCCGAAAAUGAUAUUGUAUGAAGUAAAUGGAACCUUCUACACAUGUCAUGCAUAAUAAUAUAAUUGAAAUGAAACAACUUUAUAUAAAGAAAGAAAGAUAUUACUUAUUAUAAAAGGUGGCAACACACAAUAACAUAAUAUUAUAUGUGUGUGUGUGUGUAUUAAAGUUUGCGUUUUUUUAGAUGCGAAUCUAUGAAGUCAAUUCCAAAAUGGCCACAUCGAAGCAAUUCAUCUAAGAAAGCGAUAUUGCUAUUUGACAUUUGUUUGCAUUGCGCACUUACUUUUAUAUGCGCAAAUGUCAAAUUGCAAUAUUGAUGAAUUGCUUCGAUGUGACUAUUUCAACCCCCCAGAUUGCCAGUAAGUAUUUAUUUUGCUUUUAUGUUUACUACGCAAAAUGCUUGUCAACUUAUCCU